AUGUCUUCACUCAGAGUCGAGGUUCGUGCGAUCUCAAGUUCCCUCAACCCAAAAUCGACCAGGUUGGAUCCUAUCAAGAGGUCUCGACUCACGAGAACAAUACAGUUACUUAGAAGAAGGAUGAGAGACGAUACCGUAAGCAAGGAAGCUCUUCAAGCGAGGCAAGACAGCGAAAAUGAGAAUGAGCCAGAUGAGAAGGAUGACGAUUGCGAUGAUGACGACGAUGAGAAAAAAUGCACGAGAACAAGAAAUGGGCAGCAUAGUACAGCGACAGCGACCCAGACACAAGCACAACCAUCGGCAACUACUACGAAUUUACCAAGUAGUGCGCCCGCUCCUCCUUCAUCGACAACAAAUGUUCCAUCUUCUUCCCCUUUCCCAUUACCACCACUGCCACCGCAGCCAUCAACCCUGGUAACAUCGACGUUGAGCGUUGUUCUAUCUUCAACCACAAUUCCUCCAGUGACAGAUGCCUCGACAUCUAGUACACCUCUUGCGGCAGAGACAUCGACGCUAUCAUCCAGCGUUAUUCCACUGCCAUCAAGUUCAUCACCGACAACUAGUUCAUCAGUGGCUGGUGCCCCGGUAACAACCGCGUCACCACCGCCUACACAAGCUAGUACCAGCUCGAACAACGCUGGUAGGACAACUGGGAUCGUCUUUCUGAUUCUCGGCUUCUUUCUUUUCAGGAGGUGGAGGAGUCGCCGUCAAGCCCGUAGAAAUGAAAAAACGAAAUCCGUCAUGGGAGAACCACCAGCUCCCCCUCGCCCGGACAGGCCUGAUAGAUUUGAAGGCCCUGGUCUUCCCCCGCUGACCUCUAAUCCCCCCAUGGUGUCACUUCCACCUCCGCCUCCGAUCCAGCGAUCCCUUGGCCAGCCACCUCCCAGAUCAUCAGGUCUCCGCGACUCGUCGACAUCUAGCAGAUAUGCCAUAGGAACGGGUCCAAGUCCACAAACGCAACAAUCACUAGAUCAGAGCGCCUCCGUCAUAACCGAUGCCGUACCCGGACCGCGAGAGGAGAAGCCGCAAGCGAAUUAUGCGAUCCCUGCAUUCUUCCAAUCCGCAAUAGAACGAAGACAGAGAAAUGCAGCAAUGGCGCAGGCCCGGGUGGAGAGCUGGCCUCCCCCUCCGUAUAUCGGGAGAAAGGAACCGAGGACAACUUCCUUGCGAGGGAUGAUGUCAAGGUUUUCUAGACCAUCGAAUGCGCCCACACUGUCACCAAUGUCGUCUACGGAGCAGCAAACAUUCUCAACUGUCUCCCAGGAAUCCUUGAUCAUUCCUUGGCGAAGCUCCACCAGCUCAAGUAACUCUAGCUUGUCAAGCGGCUGGGGUGACGGGCCUCCAAUACCUACGCCUGUUUUGGUUGCGGAGAAACCCUUAAUCGGUCGCAAAAUUUACAUGACCGUGGUGAAUCGGGGCGGUGAAGUGGCGCCUAUUCAGGAGAUGCCGAGACAAGUCGUAUGA